AUGGAAGGUGUGUUGGACUUUGACACAAUCGACGUGGAACUAAAUGAAGACCUUCUAAAGAAACAGAGUAGGAGAUGUAGAGAUGAGUUCUUGAACUCACUAUCUCUUGACGAUGAAGAUGAAGACUUCAUAAUCCCAUUAUUCGAGAAUGUUGAAGAUGAUGAAGCACCCGUGGAAGAAGAACCUUUGGAUGACGAACUGGAGAAGGAAGAAAAUGUAGAUGAAGCUGUGGAUGAAGAGGCAAAUGAUAGUGAAGCUCAGUUUAAAUAUUCCACACAUGAUCCAAAUGUGAAAUGGAAUAGAAUGAAACCUCAAGAGGGAGAAAGGUAUGAAUCUCCACAACAACUUAAACUCUGUUUAACAAAUCAUGCCAUAUCUAAAGGUUAUCAUAUUAGGUUUAAUAAAUGUGAUAGUGUUAGACUACAUUGUGUGUGUGCUAGUGAUCUUGAGAAAUUCGGUUGUCCUUAUUAUGUUAAAGCCUCUUGGAUGAGCAAUGAAAAGUCAUUACAAAUAAAGAAAAUGUAUCCACAUCAUACAUGUGUCAAGAAUUUUAACAAUGGAAAACUUAUGAGACUAACAUGGUUAGCUAGACAAUUCCUUACAAAAUUGAUUAGGACACCUAAUUUGAAAGCUAAGGAAAUCCAAGAAAAAGUUCAACGCAAAUUUCACACUAAGAUUUCAUGGGUAAGGAGUUAUAGGGCUAGAUGUAGGGCAAUGUCCAUAAUUGAGGGAAAAUUAGGUGAUCACCAUGCAAGGGUGUGGGAUUAUGGUGGUGAAUUGCUAAGAUCCAAUCCAUACAGCACCAUUAAAAUUUGUGUUGAAGACAACAAUGAUGGUAUAACUAUUUUCAAAAUGAUGUACAUAUGUUUCAAAUCAAUCAAAGAAGGGUGGAAGAUAUGUUGUAGAAGGGUAGUAAGGAUUGAUGAAUAUUUUCUAAAAGGGCAGUGUAAGGGACAAUUAUUAACAGACAUAGGUAGGGACCCAAACAAUCAAGUUUUUCCCAUAGAUUGGGUUGUAGUUGACAUUGAGAAUAAGUUUAACUGGAAGUGGUUCCUUCAGAUGUUAGAGGUUGACCUUGGAAUGGAUGCAGGAAGAGGCAUGUGA